UUUAUAUUCCUCUUCUCAUGUACUACGCAAGUUCCGCUUUCCUUCUUAAAAAACGUAAACUUGUCAACACACAAACAGCAUGGUCGCAAGAACUAGCUAAUUGUUGAAGCUCAAGUGUACUGUCAGAUAUGGCAGGAAUCAUUCGGAGGCUGGACGAGGCGGUUGUCAACCGUAUCGCCGCGGGAGAAGUUAUCCAGCGCCCCGCUAACGCUGUCAAAGAAUUAAUUGAAAACUGUCUGGAUGCAAAGUCCACCAACAUUCAGGUAACCGUGAAAGACGGCGGACUGAAGCUGCUCCAAAUCCAGGAUAACGGCACCGGUAUUCGGAGAGAAGAUAUGGAAAUCGUUUGUGAGCGUUUUACCACAAGCAAGCUGCAGACAUUUGAGGACCUUUCCGCCAUUGCGACGUACGGCUUCAGAGGAGAGGCCCUGGCCAGUAUAAGUCACGUCGCCCAUGUAACUAUAACCACAAAGACUGCUGAUGCCAAAUGUGCCUACAGAGGCAAUUACAGUGAUGGGAAGCUCAAAGGCCCGCUCAAACCCUGCGCCGGUAACCAGGGAACACAGAUACAGGUAGAGGACCUCUUCUACAAUGUGUCCACCAGGAGGAAAGCUUUAAAAAGCCCCAGUGAUGAGUACUCCAGGAUUGUGGAGGUGGUGAGCAGGUAUGCCAUACACAAUUCAGGAAAAAGCUUCUCCGUCAAAAAGCAAGGAGAGACGGUAGCAGAUGUGAGGACUCUACCCAACGCGUCGGUAGUGGACAAUAUCCGAGGGGUGUUCGGCACGGCGGUCAGCAGGGAGUUGAUCGAGGUCGGUUGCGAGGACCAGAAGCUGGCCUUCAAGAUCAAAGGCUACAUCUCCAAUGCCAACUACUCCGUCAAGAAAUGCAUCAUGGUCCUCUUCAUCAACCACCGGCUGGUGGAGUCUAGCGCUCUAAAGAAAGCGGCGGAGACCGUUUACGCCGCAUACUUGCCUAAGAACAUGCAUCCUUUUCUUUAUCUCAGUUUAGAGAUCGCUCCUCAAAACGUAGACGUCAACGUGCACCCCACCAAGCACGAGGUGCAUUUCCUGCACGAGGACAGCAUCGUUGAGAGUGUUCAGAAGCACAUUGAGGGCAAACUGUUGGGCUCCAACUCUUCACGCACAUACUUCACUCAGACAUUGCUUCCCGGGCUAUCGGCGUGCGGCGCCGUUGACGUCAAGUCGUUCGGCGGCACGUCCGAGUCGACCGAGCGGGUCUACGCGCAUCAGAUGGUGAGAACUGACUGUCGCGCUCAGAAGCUGGACGCCUUCCUCCAGCCCAAGGAGAAGUCGCUUCCCGAGCCCGAACUCGCCGGGCCUAGCGGCGCAGAUUCCCGGACCAAAACCGUCGAGUCGGACGACGCGGACAUGCUGGAGGCAUUAGACCUGAUGGAGGCAGAGCUCCCCAAAAUUGAGGAGAAGGAGGAAAGCGUCCAAGAGCAAGAUGUCCAAAGGAAACGUCCCAGGAAGGAGCAACACGAGGUGGAAGAGGAGGAGGAGGAGGAGACGGAAGCGGCACCAGAGGGGGAGGUGACGGCCGCAGCCACGCCCAAAAGACGGAUCAUUAAACUCAACAGCGUCAAAGAGCUGAGAAGCGAGAUUAGGGACAAUGCGCACAAAGGCCUUCAGGAGAUGCUGCAGAACCACUCGUUUGUGGGCUGCGUCAACCCCGAGUGGACUCUGAUCCAACAUCACACCAAACUUUACCUUCUCAACAUCACGACACUCAGCCAGGAGCUCUUCUACCAAAUCCUCAUCUAUGACUUCGGAAACUUCGGUGUGCUGAGGCUAUCUACGCCGGCUCCUAUUUACGACCUAGCCAUGUUGGCUCUGGACUCCGAGGAGAGCGGCUGGACCGAGGAGGACGGACCCAAAGAAGGCUUGGCUCAGUACAUUGUAGACUUUUUGAAGAAGAAAGCCGAGAUGCUGGAGGAUUAUUUCUCCAUGGAGAUCGAUCAGGAAGGCAAUUUAAGAGGCCUACCCUUGUUGCUUGACAAGUACACUCCUAUUAUGGAAGGUCUGCCCAUGUUCAUCCUCCGCCUGGCAACAGAGGUGAACUGGGACGACGAAAAAGAAUGCUUUCGAGACUUCAGCAAAGAGUGCGGCAUCUUCUACUCUGUAAGGAAGCAAUACAUACUGGGGACGGAGACGGGAGAGGCGCAGGUCAGGAUGCGGAGCAGAACUCGUGGCGAUGGAACGUGGAGCACGUACUCUGCAAGGCUUUCCGUUCGCUCAUCAGUCCUCCCAAACACGUCAGCGAGGACGGCACGGUGUUGCAGAUCGCUAACUUACCGGAUCUCUACAAAGUGUUUGAGAGAUGUUAGGUUACCUGUAAACCACUCACGUUACAUGCUGUUUUUUUUUUAAUUUCAUGGAACUGUCGGUUGUCAUUAAACUCCUUUCUCCAUUCCUUGUGUUGUCUCAAAAAUAGGCUGCACCCAACCCUAUGGUAAAUGCUUCUUAAAUCAAUAAUGCGGAACAGCCACCAGAUGUGCCUAUACCAGCAAAGCGGGGAUGUGAUAAAUGACAGCACAACACGUGGUGAAAGAAAUAAUCAUAUACCGUACUUACAUUGAUGGUGACAGAUGAUAUCUAAUACAUUGGAUGUGGUAGGGUUGGCAGUGAUUAGACUUCAUAAUAUAUUGACGUGACACAUUCCCCAUUCACUGCGUCACACCUUUCCAAAGGGGGCCAUCCCACACUCCGCUUCAUUUCUUAGCAGUCGGUCCCAUGCAGCGAUCUAAUGCCGGAUUUUGGUUGAAAAAGUACAA